AUGAACGAGCUGUUUGCAGGUCUAAAUCUAGAAGCACCGUGGCCGCCGGGAAAUUUCCAACAAGGGAGGGAAACAACAAGACUUGCCAUUGUUGCGAUGAUGGAGAGGCGUAAUCAGAUAAUGAACUACAUUAUUGGGGAAAAUAAUGUCCAACAUCUCCAACGUGCCAUCAAUGAAUUAAACGAAAUGCUUGUAGUUACCGAGCCAGCUGUUAUUGCUCCACCUGGGAAUUAG